CAUGGCGGGGGCGCUUCGGCCGGGAGCAGCGGGCGGGCAUGUGGACGUCGCUGGGCGCCGUUACGGAGCCGGUCGGCCCCAGGGCAGCGAGCGGCCGCUUCUGGGCCGUCACCCUGGGGGCAGCGGUUGGGCUUUUCCUCCUCGGGUUCCUCAUCGGCUGGUUUGCAAAACCUGUAGAAGAGAAGACACCUUUAAGACCUCAUGUGGAGAUGAAGGCGGCAUUUAUGGCUGAGAUGAAAGCUGAAAACAUCAAGCACUUUCUUUUCAAUUUUACACAGCGUCCUCACCUUGCAGGAACAAAGGAGAAUCUCCAUCUGGCUCAGCAGGUUCAAGCUGACUGGAAGGAGUUUGGUUUGGAUUCUGUUCAGUUGGUUCAUUAUGAUGUCCUGCUCUCUUAUCCUGAUGAAAAUAAACCAAAUUACAUCUCAAUAAUUGAUGAGCGUGGAAAUGAGGUGUUCAACACAUCAUUGUCAGAGCCGCCUCCUGCAGGGUAUGAGGCAGUAGGAGAUGUGGUGCCACCCUACAGUGCAUUUUCAGCCCAAGGAAUGCCUGAGGGUGAGUUAGUGUAUGUCAAUUAUGGCCGCACCGAGGACUUCUUUAAGCUAGAACGUGAAAUGGGAAUUAACUGUACAGGAAAGAUUGUUAUUGCCAGAUAUGGGAAGAUCUUCAGAGGAAAUAAGGUGAAAAAUGCUGAGCUGGCAGGUGCCAAGGGAAUUAUUCUUUACUCGGACCCUGCUGACUACUGUGCUCCAGGAGUAGAUCCGUAUCCAAAUGGCUGGAACCUUCCAGGUGGAGGAGCUCAGCGUGGAAAUGUAUUAAACCUGAACGGUGCAGGAGAUCCUCUGACCCCAGGCUAUCCUGCAAAAGAAUACACCUACCGCUUAGACAAAGCCAGUGCUGUAGGUCUCCCAAAAAUUCCAGUUCAUCCCAUUGGCUACCAUGAUGCUGAGUCAUUACUGAGUAAUAUGGGAGGAUCUGCAGCACCGCAUAGUAGCUGGAAAGGAAAUUUGAAUGUGUCUUACAAUGUUGGUCCUGGUUUCACAACAAAUUAUUCUACAAGAAAGGUAAAAAUGCACAUUCAUAGCAACAACAAAAUAACAAGAAUUUACAAUGUGAUUGGUACCAUCAGAGGCACAGUGGAACCAGAUAGAUAUGUCAUCCUGGGAGGCCACCGUGACUCAUGGGUAUUUGGUGGCAUUGAUCCUCAGAGUGGAGCAGCCGUGGUUCAUGAGAUUGUGAGGAGCUUUGGAAAACUGAAAAAAGAAGGAUGGAGGCCACGGAGAACAGUGAUAUUUGCAAGCUGGGAUGCAGAGGAGUUUGGCUUGUUAGGAUCAACAGAGUGGGCUGAGGAAAAUGCCAAACUGUUGCAGUCCCGAGGAGUGGCUUAUAUCAAUGCAGAUUCUUCCAUUGAAGGAAACUAUACGCUAAGAGUGGAUUGCACACCACUGAUGUACAAACUGGUGUACAGUGUGACCAAAGAGAUACCAAGUCCUGAUGAAGGGUUUGAAGGAAAAUCUCUUUAUGAGAGCUGGUAUAAAAAAAAUCCAUCAACAGAAUAUAAAGAGGUGCCCAGAAUAAAUAAACUGGGUUCUGGCAAUGACUUUGAGGUCUUUUUUCAACGUCUUGGCAUCGCUUCAGGCAGAGCACGUUACAGUAAAAACUGGAAUGUAGAAAAAUAUAGCAGCUAUCCAGUUUACCACAGUGUGUAUGAAACCUAUGAAAUUGUGGAAAGAUUUUAUGAUCCCUCUUUCAAGAAUCAUCUGACAGUAGCUCAGGUACGGGGAGGGUUGGUGUUUGAAUUGGCCAAUUCUAUUCUACUUCCUUUUGACUGUAGAGAUUAUGCAUCAGCUCUGAGCAGCUAUGCUCAUGUCAUCUAUAACAUGUCAAGGAAUCAUGAGGAAGAACUGGCAGCAUACAAUGUAUCCUUUGAUGCUCUCUUUUCAGCUGUGAAGAAUUUUACAGAAGUUGCUGAUAGCUUUCAUGAUAGACUGCAACAAAUAGAUAUCAACAACCUGCUUGCUGUUAGAUCGUUAAAUGAUCAAGUCAUGUUUCUAGAAAGGGCUUUCAUCGAUCCACUUGGUUUACCUGGAAGGCCAUUUUACAGACAUGUUAUCUUUGCUCCAAGCAGCCAUAACAAGUAUGCAGGAGAAUCAUUCCCAGGGAUCUAUGAUGCCAUGUUUGACAUUGAAAACAAAGCUGAUCAAGAUGAAGCCUGGAAAGAAGUUAAGAGGCAGAUCUCCAUUGCAGCCUUCACUGUACAGGCAGCAGCAGGAACACUCAAAGAAGUAGCAUAAAUAUCUGCAUUAUCAUCAAUGAAGACCAUGUUUAACAGUGUGCAGAAGCCUCAAAACCAGAACAUUUGAAAACACCAAGACAAUUACUAGAAGUGCCACAAAACCCAAACAGUCUUGUUCUUUCUAAUUAUUAUAACCAAGUGGAAUGCACUUAGCAGUGUUAACAAGGUAAUGAUGUAUUAUAUAAAUUCUGGAUAAUGGAUGCAUUAUAUAAAUUCUGAAGUGAAAGUCUGCAUUAAAAAACACAUAUUUUCUCUGCUUCAUAUUUUAAGAAUCUCUAGCAAGGGAUUUAUUUUCAGAGCUUUCAAUUCUGCUUGCUUAAUUUUGUAUCUUUGUAUUUUUUACCUUUGAGUUGCAGAUUUGUACUCUGUGACCAUCUUCUCACUUUCCUUUUACAUGAAGAUUCACAUAGAAAGAUGGGAAAACUGUCCCAUACUGUGUGAAGAAUGUAUUAGGAUCGUAACAAAUUUUGAGCUGCCAGCCCAAAAUGCUCAUACCUAUGUUGUAUUAUCUUGGCCAUAUCAUAGCAUUCUUAAUAUUAAGACAAUUCAUCAUGUCUCUUGUGUGAAAGUUUACUAAAUUAUGAAAACCACCGCAGAACCUGUAUUUCUGAUUUUGGCAUGCAGCUUACUCUUACACCAAGCUGCUGAAGGGACAACUGAAAUCGGAUGGAGAAGACUCAGAAAACCAGGUCAAUUCAUCUGACAGUCUGCCACUGCAGGAAUUCAAUAAUAUUUCUGUGAAAUUUGAUUUGUUAUUUCAUCUGAGUCCUCCACCAUUUCGUAGAAGAUUCAUCUGUCAUCUGGUGGAUUUCAGUGUAGUGAUUUUUUAUUUUCCAUAACAAUUAAUUUAUUCUUAACAAUUCUUCUCACAUUAAAAACCUUUGUUGUUAGAUCAUUUUACAUGGCAGCUACUCUUUCUCAAAAUAAUUCAGUUUAUCAGGUAAUGGGAAGUGCUCUUGCAGCCACAGUUGUUACCCAGUUGUUUACACAUUUCUAUGGAAUUGAUUAAGGCUGGAAUAAAAGCAUGAAGACACGUUCUCCAAAAUCAAGUUGUGUGGAUGGGAGGCAAUGCUGUCUUAGUUUUAUCACUGCUGUCUGCUCCACUGCUCCUUUUGUCAGUGAAGCAAUGGAUCAUGAUGUUCUAUGGUCCAAUUCUUGCAAAAUUAGUGAGGCUAGUUUAGGUUAUCAGUUAAGUUAACCUAUAGGAUUUUGUGUUUAAAGAUCUCUUCUCUUCUCUUCUCUUCUCUUCUCUUCUCUUCUCUUCUCUUCUCUUCUCUUCUCUUCUCUUCUCUUCUCUUCUCUUCUCUUCUCUUCUCUUCUCUUCUCUUCUCUUCUCUUCUCCCCUCCCCUCCCCUCCCCUCCCCUCCCCUCCCCUCCCCUCUCCCCUCAUUUUAUUCUAUUCAAUUCUGGAUUAUGAGUUACAAUGAAUGAGCAAAAAAUGAAAGAACAGUUUUGUGUGCACUGAGAAAUGGCAUUUCACAUUACUCAUUUACUAGGAGGACAGUAAGAAGCACAGGUCAUGUGACAUUUAUGAAUGAAGUCAAGGCAACUGGCACAUGCCAGCAAAUGAAGCAUUCAGUUCCUAUCAGCCUAGUGGCAAAACAACGGUUAAAUAAACAAUAAAUAAGCAUUCUGAGCCCUGCUUGUUAAUAUGUUCUUGAGAACUUUGUAACUUUACUGACAAAUAUUUCCAGUUCAGUGAUUCUUAGAGCUCAGAAAACAGCCUGAACCAGCCACAUGCACAAGGAGAUACAUCUUAUGAGCAGGUCUCCUAAGACACACUGUGAGAAACCAGAUUGAGGAACAGAUAGUUUUUAAGCAUCUGUUAGAUCUGUCGGUGUAGCUCAGGUGUACAGCUGUUAGCUAACUGAAGCCCUGAGUGUGGAAUCAGGGAGUGGUUGGUGUGUAAAUUGGCUUCAGGUUGAAAUGGAGCCCUGGAGGUCAUCUAGUUCAACCCUGCUGUUGUGGGCAGGAUACUUUUCACUAGAUGGAGCUGCGCAUGGCUCCCUUCCAGCCUGGCCUUCCAGGGAUGGCACAUCCAUAGCUUCUCUGGGCAAUCUUUUCCAGUGCCUCACCACCCUCAUCCUAAAGGAUUCCUCCCUUACAUCUAAUAAAAAAAACAUAAGUCUUUUUUGUUGGACUUCUACAGUGAGUCAAACUUUUAAACAUGCUACUAACAUGCUACAAACAUGCUACUAACAUUCUACAAACAUGCUACUAACUGCUGUUGACCAGAUUAACCAUUUUGACUCUUAAGCUUUGAUAUUAAUCCACAAUAAUUGGCCAAGAAGGACUACUGAGUUAAUUUUUUUACAACUGGUUGUAAAUAGGAAUAAAAAAGAAAAUGAGUUGAAUUUACAGUUAGUAUACUGGUUGUAUAACAUGAGCAAGUUGUUCAUGUAACUACAGAUGUUUUCAGCUAGAGAUGACCAAUAGGGGAAUUGCUUACUGUAACCAAGAGCUUUGUUCUCUAAAUAUGCUGUAAUGACUACUUGGAAGAAAUAACAUCAUACUUCCAGACAGCUCUUUGCAUGGUCCUUGCAAACACUCAUUUUUGAUGUUUACAGCAGACAAAUUCAUUAUGUCAUUGAUUUAAAUGCAGAAGCAGCUGACUUAAAUAGAAGUCAGGAGUUUUAAAAGUGUUAAGUAAGCAGAGGGGGGAACCUCUGGCAUUAUUAAGAGAAACAAAAAAAAAAAAAGUUUUUUUUAUAAAUAAAGUACAUCUUCUCAUAUGUCAUUAAACUGAAUGCUGUAAAGAUUUUCCAAAGAACUCCAUGUGACCAUACUGUGCACUGUAUAGCAAAUGAAAUGAAUGUAUUGGAAAAGUAGAACCUAUACUUGUAUUAAAAUUAAUCCUUGAUGUCAAUGUUCGAGCAGUCCCUGGUAGUCAAGUUCUUUGAGACUGGACCUGUGCUUGUCUCUCUGUAUGUAAGCUGGUUGAAAUUUGCAGCUGGAUCACAGACAGUGGUGUGGUGGAGCAGAGUAGACAACUCUAAACAGCUGCUGUCCGUGUGUGUCAUUCUUUCAUGUGACUCACAGCAGGUCCUGAGGGUAGGGGACUGCAAUGCAUAGAGCAACAUCAUUCAAUCAGAGGAUUGUAGGGUAAUUCAGGCUGGAAGAUACAUCAGAGGACUGUAGUGCAAGUUGCUGUUCAAUGCAGGAUCAGCUCUGAGGGCAGAUCAGGUUGCACAGGGCUUCGUCUAGUCUGGUCUUAAAGAACUCCUAGGACAGAGACUGCAAAACCAGUCUGUGCAGCAUGUACCAGUGCUUCAUUCUGUAAUGAAGAAAAGCUGUUGCUUCAGUUGAUGCCUACUGUUCUUCAUGUUUCUUGAAAGACUUUUUGUAGACACCAUUCGGUUGCUUUCGGUUUAUGCUUAAUGUGCAGUUCUUUACUCUUUCUAUCUCACUUGGUUUAUUCCCCUUGUAGAAGAAAGGCUCAAAGUCUGCAAGCUGAACUUAGCUGCCAGUAAUGUAAACUUUAUCUGGAAUCUGAUUAGGGACUUCUGAAGUUCAAGAUAGCAGUCUCCAACUCAAGGCAUCAAAAUCUGCUGCCCUUUUAAUCUAGCAGUCAGACAGAUUGCAGAGGCCAUGAGAGAGAGAACUCUGGGGAGACUGAGAAACUGGCAGAGUCAGAAGGGAUCUGUUGACUUGAAAUUGCAGUUGAGCAUUCCUUGACUGCUAAAUAAGAUGCUCAGUGAGAUCCAUGCAUUUCUGUUUGGAGCAGCUUCUUCUGCCUCCUCAUAGAUGUGAUUUUCCAUUCCAGGCAUGCUGUAUUUCAGGUCUCAUAUGUCAGGCUCAUUUUUCUCUGGCUUCAGUUAUUCUUAGAUGUUUUAGCAUAGUCAAGACAUGCCAGUACAACUUUGGCUUUGUGAUUUAGUAACAUCUCUUGUGGGCUACUCAGGGCAUGUAUCAGGAAGUAGCAAAUGUGCAGGACACAGGCUGCAUUUCUUAUGCUGCAUACUUUAGAAUUGGUAGUAUGAGCAAGGAAGAGAAAGUAAGGGAAUUAAAGAAAUAGAAAAUGACUGGGAUGAGGGGGACAAGAAAAUGAGCAGCAAAAAAUACUAAAGAGAGCCCCCUCUUCCAGCUUAGGCAACGAGGCGAAUGAAAGUGGGUACAGGAGGCAUCAUUCCCUUUCCCUUCUCUUGAGAAACAGUUCAAGCCACUGCCUCUGCACGCUCUGUAAGAAUCAUCUAUGUUUCUGCACCCUGUUCCCCCUUCCAGAAGGGAAGAUAGCAGCAUCUACAAGUUCUGUGAUCAAGCGUAAACUCCUGUUUCUCCAUCAUGAAUGGAUUUGGCCUUUAGAUGUCAUUCUUCUCAUCUUCCUGCCAAGUGCGUAGAUGGGAUAAUGGGAUAGCUAAUGUAUACUCUUGCAGCAUAUCAGCAAGUGAUUUUAAUUCUAUAUAUAGUAGAUGUGAUCCAGGAGAGAGCCAGCAAAAAAAGUUAGGUAGUAAUGCCACUCCUUGAACUGGCCUCCACAGCACACCAAGAUUAUUGGAGGCACAGAUUCAUACUGUGGUAUGCUUGUAUUUAAAUGAAACAUAAGGUACUCUGCAUGUGGCCAAACCAUGGAGUCUAAGAGCAUACCACAGCUAACAACUAAUAGUAUUAGAACUUUGUCUUAAACUGUAGAAUCCACUGGGUUACUGCUGUAUUAAACACAAGAUGCCUGAUUCAGUCUCUGUAUAUCUGAUAUUGUGAAGAUAUAGAAAGAUACAGAAAUAAAUGUAUUUCGUACUGUCUCAUUGUUACUAUUCUUACCUUCUUCCUCCACUGAUGUUACCAUCAUGUGAGAUCUAAUUUAGGCAUUAAUCCCCAAAAGCCCUUGUCACUUUGCUGUCUAUUAUGUGCCAAUCCCACACCUGUGGUGCUAUAUAAAUGCCAAUAAUACACCGAUAUGCUCAUUUGUUAUAU